AUGGGCAGACGAAAGAUUGAAAUCAAGGCCAUCAAAGAUGACCGAAAUCGUUCAGUCACAUUUCUCAAGCGCAAAGGCGGUCUUUUCAAAAAGGCGCAUGAGCUUUCCGUCCUCUGCUCCGUCGAUGUCGCAGUCAUAAUCUUUGGUAACAACAAGAAACUAUACGAGUACUCGAGUAGUGACAUUGGCGAAAUUCUCACCAGAUACAAUUACUAUGGAGGCGCCAACGAACACAAGGGUCCAGCUGAUUUCAAUGGAAAGGGUGGAAGGGAUAUGGACGAUGAUGACGACGAUGAUGGAUCUAUUCCUUCCCACCACGGAUCCGUCGAGCCUCAAAUGAUGCCCCCUCAAUUCCAACAGCCUGUAUUCCAACCACCACAACAUAUGAGACAAGCAACUCCUUCAUCCUCGCCCCCAAUCCCAAAUGGCGCGUUCCCGCAUCACCCCCAACAACGCCAGCAUACUCCUCAACCGCAUCCUGGAUCCCGUCCCUCUUCACGAAACGCCCCUCGCAGACAAAGUUCUCUGGUCCCUCAACAGCAUGUUCAGUCGCAGCCUCCUAACGGCUAUGCCUACAUGCCAAAUCCAGCCAUCUACAACCCGAACAAUGGACCUCCACAUCACGCGCAUCACGGCCUCCCGCAGCAUAUGCAGGGACCCCCGAUGCAUGGCCCACAAGGUGUUCCACAGCAAGGCCCUCCACCGCAAUAUCCCAAUUAUGGACCUCCGCAACAGCAACAGCACCCCCAUCCACAGCAGGUACAACAGAUGUACGCGGAAGAACAGCGCCGUGCUUCGAUGCCACCAAACUUCCCACAAGAAAGACCAUCUUCGCGUCCAGAGCCGUCACCACCGUUACCUCAACCACAACAGGUCCCACAGCAGCAAUCUCCGCCUCAAAUACAUCAACCUCCGCCACCACAACAGCAGGAACCCGAGCAACAUCAACAAGCUCCUGUUCAACAGAUGCUUGAGCCGAAACGCAUGUCUGUUAAAUCUCGGAGCAUUUUCACGCCUAUUGACGAAUCACGGUCUAUUCUUUCUCAACAUUGGGCAUCUUCAACGUCGAAUGUGGAACCUACACAGGGUGAAGCACCUACUUCAAAUCGGUCACAGUCUGUGGAUGUGGGAGCUGUUUCUCGUCUCAAGUCGAAUAAUUCUCCCCCGCCCAAACAGCCUGUCCGUGCCAAUACGCAUAAAAACCGCGCUUCCCAUUCUUCCAACACCGAGUUUGCUCCUCCAUCGAGAACAAAUUCAGCAUCGCUUGGAGGUGGUAAGCGUCCAGUGCUGAAAGUCCAAAUACCAGAGGGAGAUUCAGACGGCGGAAGUGCUACUGCCGAUUCCAACUCGAGUCCACGCUCUUCAACCAAUGUAGCAGGAAAUAAUCCACACCGCAACGGCCUAGGCGGAGAAUCUCAUUCUUCUGGCGUGGUCUUACCACCACCUUCACCAUCUGCUUCCGCUCUUCUUUCAGCAGGCGCAUCCGGCCCACCAAAUCCAUUUGCUCGCCCCCAUCAUCCCAGUCAAAGCCAGCCUUCACAAGCCACUUCCAAUACCAGCAACAUGAUUGAUACUCCCGUCUCGGCGCUCCCGAGCCGUUUUAUGACCAACGAGUUCUUACCCAGUCCGAGCUCUUUCUACCCAGAAUGGAACUUUAGAGGAAGUGAUAACAAUACGCUACCCAGUCCUUUAAACUUCGCUACACCAGUAGUGGGGACAGGUCCUAGCUUUUUAAGAGAGGAUUCGGGUGAAAGAGCGGGACAGGGAAAGAGGAAGACGCCGGAUAUGGAUGGGAGUAGUGAUGGCGGAGAAGCGAAACGACAUAAACACGAGGCAUAG